AUGAAAGGAAGUGCAUCACCUCAGCCCGAAGGAAAGAUGAUCAAUUUGGACGCUAAAAGUGUUUCCACAGAAGCAGCAGGCGUUAAGAUUAAGACCUCAUACGUGACUGCUCCGAAAGCACUACCUGCUUCAACAUCUGCUACUGAUGCUAACCCGCAUUUUAUUUCAAUUAUUAAGCCUUAUUCCAUCUUCAAACAUUUUCUGUAUAUUCCAUUGGCUUUUGCAAAAUCAAAUGGCUGGAUGAAUAGACGUUUUGAGAUGAUUCUCAUGGAUGAACAACAGAGAUCGUGGCCAGUUCGACUAGGGCCAGUGUCAGAUGAUCACAUCGGAAUUCACAUUGGAUGGCAAAAGUUCAAAGAAGCAAAUGAUGUCCAAGUAGGAGAUAUCUAUAGAUUUGAACUCAUCAACAAUGAAAAAAUACCUGCAGCCUAUUUCCAUCGUAUACAUUCUGGAAAGGAUGCCAAGCAAAGCCCUUGACAAGUUAGUGAAGCAGUUGGUGAUGGGCAAGGGAAAGGAGCAUUGAAGGUGAUGCUUUGGAUAUACUACAUGUUGCUCUAAUCUCAACAGAUAAUGUACCUUCAGAUUUUUUUUCGUAACGGAGAAAUCCUCGAGGUCCAAUGGUACAUGGUUCAAAGCUCGGUGAAUAAUGGAUUUUGAACCUGUAUCGUGCACUAAACCCAUAAAUCACAUGUUGUGCUCUUACCACUAAACCAAAGUUCGAGGUCCAAGAUGUACCUUAGAUUUAAUGUUCUUCAAUUACCCUUCAUUUGAUUACCUGACAUGUACAUUUUACUUCAAAUUUUAAUAAGUUGUAUUCAGUGAUCUUGUAAGUUGCAUUUUAACCAACUCAAGCUCAUAAUAAGUGUAUUUACAUAAUCAGAAAAUAAUUAAAUUUAUUUUUU